AUGAUUGUAUUUCCAGUACUCCUGGUCCUGGAGGUCGAUGGUGGUACCGAUGUCAAUGGGUGGCUCGGUUUCCGAGUCGAACAUGCCGUGCAUAUCGCACAGUCGGUGGAUGGUUUGGGCGGCAGCGUAUGUCUUCGAGGAUUGAAGGUGUACAAGAAGGGAUUGGGCGUUUCGUAUCGCUACAUCAUGGUUACCCCUGCCCGCCUUAACCCCCCUCCUGUCUUUACAGGCGCCCGCGACGGUUUCUCUGCCUUGGCCUGGCUCGUUGCGGUUAACCGCUACUUCAACCUUGCUAAGAUAAGUGAGACUGAACGAACACCCCACGCUCUCUCGUACUUGGGCACGCCUGGCCCUGCCCGAUGGUUUGAUGGAUGUGGGCUCCCUGAUACUUGCAACUUCGAGACCGAGUUUACUCCUGCUUUUAAGCUAGAGUACAUUCCCAACAACUUUGCGGGCUCCUGUCGACGACACCUCACCAAUCUUCGCAUGACCACCAACUUUUCGACCUACUUAUCUACAUUCAAGGAACUUUUGGGCGCCCUUCUUGGUUAUGCCUCCACCGACGCUGCCAAGACCACGGUCAACGAGUUCGCCCAAACAUCCUUUAUCGACAACUGCCCCUUGGUUCUUCAACAGAUGAUCGAAGGACACAUUAUUCAAAACCCCAAUAUCACCCUCAUUCAGAUCUUUCAAUACGCCCAAGAGAUGGACCGCAUUUACUCCUUCAAACCCGACACCGGCCCCAAGACCAACUCGCUCGCCAUCGCCUCCGCCCCCAUCAUUUCUUCCUUCACCUCUUCCUCCGCUCUCUCUCAAGCCACCCCCAUGGAAAUCGACAACAUCCAGAUCGCCCUCAACAAUAUCACCCAACGAUUUAAUCGCCUAGAGAGAAACAUGGGUCAUAACAAUAACUACAACCGCAACAACAAUAACAACAACGGCCCCCGAAACAACAACAACGGUAAUCCCCCUUCCCUGACCCCUCAGGAACGCGAAUGGUGUAAAAACAACAAUGCUUGCCGUCGCUGUCGCCAACCUGGACAUUAUGCAAAGGAGUGCCCCAUCUACGGCGACAACAACAAUACCAACCGUGGCAACAACAACAACCGCCAAGGACGAUGGGUUUAUCAAGUAGCCGUGGGUGAUUCCCCCGAGUCGGGAAAAGCCUCCGACGAUCAGGCUUAG